AUGUGAUUUUUUAUAUUAUGAAUUUGAAUAUGGCGUUCAAAUAAUUUUAGGCAGGGGGUCUCUGGGUCGGUUGGGUGACCGGGUCACUGACCCCGACCCCGCCAGUCGUCAGGAAGCAGCGGUGGCGUGUGGUGCGUCGCUCCCGUGUAGGAAUUUGGAUCUGGCAACACUGGAGUGAGCCUUGGUGUUGUCAUGGCAACCGUCCACAACAACACAAACAUUCCAGCUGGUGAGUUUCCAGCACCGCUCUUCCCUCACCUGGAAGUCUGCUUCGGAACUGCCUCCUGGAAACCUCCUCGUAGUCUGCUGUCGUGGAGGAGACAACAGUGGUACACAACUAUAGAACUGUUGUUAAUUAAAGAGAUAUAGAGGGGACCAGACAAGUCACAAAAGGUAAAGAUAAAAAUAGCAAAUGUACACAAGAUGGACGAAAUACCUGUUGAUCGUGCUGCUUUGGGAACUUCCUUUGAUCAGCGCCCUAUCACUGCAGGAAAGCGCUUAGGAAUAGCGGCAGUUGACAGACCAAUGACUAAAGGUUCUAUGAUACCAGGAUCUGCAGAGCGACCUUCGACAAGAGGAGGAAGUGGGUCUAGUCUGAACAUGGAAAGGCCCGACACCCGCCAGACUGCCUCAUAUGGAGACCGUCCAAUGACACGUCAAGGAGAUGGCAACAGUAGGCCCACAACAUCCGGUCGCCCUAUCACUGCUCGUCCUGCGAGUGCUGCACUUCGAAAUGCCCCAGGAACAGCUUCUAGACUUCUCUCCACCGCAAGCAUGCAGCGCCCCGGUACUAGAACUGGCGUGGCUACUGGCAAAGGUUUUAGUACACCUAUAAAUGUUGUGGACCGCCCUAUCACGCAGCAAGGUCUAACUGGCAUGAAGACUGGGUCAAGAGGACCACAGAGACAGGUACAAGACAAAAGUUAUUUUAUGGGCAUUCUUAGAACAAAAAUUGCUGAAUUGGGUACAGAAGUCAAUCAUCUGACUGGGGAGAUUACCUUCAUGAAGCAGGAGCAGUCGACCUUCUUAACUUAUGACAAACGAGUAAAAGAAAUGGCACAGGAGCUCACUGAAUUACAAGGAAAAUUAGCGGAUUACAACCUGCUGGUGGACCUCAUAAACAUGGAUACUGAACGAGCAGAGGUAGAUCAUGAGUGUCGCGAAAUGAAAGAAGCAAAUCAGGUGGAAGCAGAAAAUUUAGAUUUACUAUUUACUCGCAAGCAAGAUUUGGAGUCCAUGAUGAGGCAGCUAGAAGCAGAAAUUGAUGAGGAACGGCACAUGGGAGAAAGUGUGGUAGAGUCUAUGCAGCCAGAACUUCGUAGCAAGUACCUGGACCUAAGAAAUUUAAACACAUCACUUCUGCAGCACCUCGAUGGAAUGCAGCACCAACUAGAUGCUCUUGACAAUCGCAAAGCUACACUGGAGGAUGAACUUUCUACAUCCAAGGUAAAGCAGGAAGCUGUUGGUUUGUAUGUGAAGCUUCAGGAGCUGGAGGAAAAGAGAUCAGAGAUCAUUAAUGCAAACCAGAAAAGAGGAACACCAAAGGAAGAGCGAGAAAGACUUCUCCUGCAGGUAAAAGAAGACAAUGCAGAAAUUGCAACAAUGGAGCGUCAGAUUAGCGAAGUUCAGGAACAAAUUAAACAAGUCCAGGAUGAGAUUCAGCAAUUAGAUCAGGAAUUGGAGGAGAAUCAGAGUGAAAGAAGCCAGAAGUACCGUGAACUACGUAAGAGAGAAGAAACAAUGGAACAGUUUCUUGCUACUUUUGAUGAAAAUAAGCAAGAGGAGCUGAAACGAUUAGAAACUCUAGAGAAUAAUAAUGUGUCUUUACUGGAAAAGCUGUCUCGCCAUCUUGCCCACUUUAAACAUUUGCCAAGCACUCAUGACUUUGAUAUGAUGCGUACCGACUUAGCAUUCAAGGAAGGAGAGCUGGAGAAGUCCCGCUACACAGAGCAGGGCUUGAAGCAUGAAAACUUAAAUCUUCAAGCCAACCUACAGAAAAUUGAAGCUCUGGAAACAAAAGUACAGAAAGAGAUGAUAGAUCUAAAAGAAAAACUGGCUCAGAUGGAGCUAGAAAUUGUAGAAUUCUCUGAUUUGGAUGGCUUGAAAACAAGAGCCGAGGAGAAGCGUAGGCUCCUUGUGCAGGAGAAGGAAGAACUAGAUGCCAGGAAAAGCUGCAUCUCUCAGAGCUUGCAGGAUAUUACCAGUGCCAUUACUGCACUAAAGAACCAGCUACAUGAAAAUGAAACCUACACCCAACUGACUAAUCUAGAAAAGAAGUGGGCUCACCUUGAGCAAACCAACUUCACUCUUCGGGAGUUUGUUGCACAAAGAAAAGCCGAAUCAAAUUUUGUGCCUUAUAAAAAUCAAGCCAUGAAACUUGUCAAUGAAUACAAUAGAUCUUUGCAAGAAGUGAUGCAAAGUGGUGGCUCUCUCAUGUGAACUCCUUAAUUAUGACACCAUCUUAUUACACUUCAAACUUAGCAUGCAAGCUGUGGCAUGCAAAAUCCAAGAUAGGAGCUACACAAACCAAGAGAUGUUAAUAAUUUUUCUUUAUGUAAUGUUUAAAUAUUGUCUUUAUCCAGAAUUGAGUGUGACCUAUAAGAAUAAUCUAUAGAAUUCUCACACUGUCUGAUUCUGUUAAACCAGCUUCUGGUGGUGUCACAUCUCUAUUGACUUGAUGGUAAAUCCAUUUGGUUUGCAACUAUUGAACCAAAUGAGCUUGUGAGUCCAGAAUCAAGAAUGGGAUUAAUUCUUAAAUGUUGUUGUAAUCCCUGCACUGGCAGUGAGUAACUUACCCUUACUUAGGGCCUAGUCCAUAAUUUAUUGUAUGUUAUAUCCUUCACACACACACAUAUUUUAUAAUUAAUAUAUAAUAAUUUGAUACAAUGUGCACUGUACUUUUACCUGAUAGCAGAAUCAAUACUAUAAUCCGUAAAUGUACUAUACUGUACAUUAUAUGAUUUUUCUGCUUUUUUGUACAGUAUUGCUAACCCUGUAUGGAGUGCUGUACUCCUUAAGUCUGUACUUUGCUGUUAAUUCCUCUAACAAGGCAUCCAUCCCUCACUCACCACUGCUGUUACAAAGUCAUCACUAUGCAUCUAAGUCACUUAAAAAAAAAUGUAAGUGUAUGAAGAAAAGCAUUUAGUUGCCACCUUAGGUAAGGUCCUGCUGUUCCUAUGGACAAAAGUAUGCACAUUGGUAUAAAACCAGCGUUGAACGUAAUGAAACGCCAUUUUCUGGGUGAGACCCAGAGGCUUCCCGGAGCUGUCUAAGCUGAUAUACUAAUGUCAGACUUUGGCAUCAUUCAUGUGUAUGGAGUUCUGAGAGCCUACUGGGGACCACGCGCCAGAACCUGGCCCCCCUCAGAGAGGCCACCAUAGGCGCAGUCUAAGAGCUUGAUACCAGAUUGAGCAGCUCCCUUUUGAUUCUGUAGCCAACAUUCUCAAGUUGACUGGACUAGAACAAUCAAAUCUUCCUCAAUAAGGUAAGAUCUUUAUAAUAAAAUGAGAGUAAUUAGAUUUAUGGUGACUUCUAAUUAACUCCACCUUUCUGUAUUGCUAAUAAAUCUCAGUAUCA